AGAGGGCGCCAGUCAGUUUUCACAGAACUUGAACUCACGAAGGUUCUUCGAGGAAGCGCUGUGUGUUGUGAGGCGACUGAUGAUUAAAGCAUGGCUCGAAAUGCAGAUGAUGAGGACUUUGAAUGGGAGCCUCCAUCCGAGGCAGAGAUGAAGGUGAUACAGGCCCGGAGGGAACGUCAGGACAAGAUCAGCAAGCUGAUGGGGGACUAUCUGUUGAAAGGAUACAAGAUGCUGGGUGAAUGCUGUGAGCUGUGCGGGACAAUUCUGAUGCAGGAUAAGCAGAAGAAGAAUUACUGUGUUGCUUGUCAAGAGCUGGACUCGGAUGUUGACAAAGACAAUCCAGCUUUAAAUGCCCAAGCAGCCUUGUCACAAGUACGAGAGCGGCAGCUUGCAACUCAGCUUCUCCCUGAAUCUAACGGCUCCUCAUCCGGUGAACCCCCUCUCUCCAUCACCGGCCAGCCCAGGCCAGAGCACUGCGAGGGGGCUGCGUCUGGACUGAGAGGUCCUCUUCCCACCAUACAGCCCACUCCUCUGCCUGUCCCCCCCACCACCACCAAUUUUCUGCCACCACCUAACCCUCCUCUUCAGCCUGCGCUUCCUUCAGGCUCCAGCAACGCUCUUCUCAACCAUCCAGCUCUGUCAAGCGCAGAAGAAGCAGUGCUACACAAACUCAGAUGGGCCACACAGGAGCUUCAGCACUCUGUGUCAGUGGAGGCCAGUAUUCAGCUCUGUAGUCUGAUCAGAGGUUGUGCCGAAUCCCUGCGCAGCUUGAAAGAACUGCAGCUCUAAUAAGACUGAAUUACAGACAGCGCUGUUACAACACACACACACAAAAGUACAAACGGCUCUAAUAUAUAUAUAGUAACAUACUGAAAUGAUGUGUGUUUGCUUGUUUCUGUCAUUGUUCUAAAGCAGCUGAGUAUGUGCCUAUGUAGUGUGUUCAAAUACAUUGCUUGAGCUGCGAA